GAGGUCUGAGACGCUCACGGAGCCGAUCUGACUGACUUCUCGUGAACUCUGCUGAAGAGGGAAAAGUUGUUGAAGAUGCACUGAAACCGAGACAGCCGAAGACUGCGGUUCUGUGCAGCGUUUGAUUCCGUAUGAGGAGCCUCAGACCGGCGCAACGGUCGAAACAGUUGUUCAGAGAUGACUGACCUUGAAGCAAAGCAGGACUUCCAGCCUCCACUUUAAAUCCACAUACAGUAAAUAUAUAUAUAUAUUUAUAUAUUUUAUUUUUCUUCAGUUUUCAUUGGUGAUCAUAAUACAAUGAGCAGCUGGGAACAAUGUCUUUUUUGAUGAAAAAGAAGAAGUUCAAGUUUCAAGUGCACUUUACACUGGAGGAGCUGACAGCAGUGCCUUUCGUCAACGGAGUGCUUUUCUGCAAAAUCCGGCUCAUUGAUGGUGGGGACUUUGCCAUUUUGUCAUCCAGGGAGGAGGUGCAGCAAAACUGUGUUCGAUGGAGGAAGAAGUUCUCUUUUGUGUGUAAAAUGAGUGCCAGUCCAACCAUUGGAGUGUUGGACCCCUGCAUCUGCAGGGUCUCUGUACGUAAGGAGCUCAAAGGAGGAAAGGCCUUCUCAAAGAUAGGUUUUGCUGAUCUCAACAUUGCAGAGUUUGCUGGUUCAGGCUCCACAGUUCGCUGCUGCAUCCUCGAGGGUUAUGACACCAAAAACAUUCGACAGGAUAACUCUAUCCUCAAGGUAACGAUUGGAACAACUCUGCUGUCUGGGGAUCCCUGCUUUAAAACACUUCCCAGCACGACCAAAUCUGUCUCCAUUGGGGACGAGGACCCAAGCCUGCAGCUGGACUGUAAGGGUGAGAGCACUGAUUCCACCAUACAGCCACUAGGGGGCAUCGUGGAGAGUCCUCGAGCCUUCAAACCCAGACAGUCGUCAGUACCUAGCUCAGGGCUUCCGGAGGAGGGAGAGGGUGGGUCCAGCCCAGAUGAGGUCUUUCACACUGGUCAUUUCCGCAGCUCCAGCUAUGCCAGCCAACACAGCAAGAUCUCAGGCUACAGCACAGCUCACUCUCGCUGCUCCAGCCUGACUGACCUCAGUCACCAGAGGAACACCUCCUCCAGCAGCAGUGUCUCCUGUGGGUUGGCUCAACACUCCCAGCUACUUCCCUCCACCCCCACCGAGCUGCACCGACAAGCCACUUCCACCAAACCAGGGAGACCUCCUCUACCCUCUGCAGCAGCUCUCAUGUCCAACAGAUCCUCUAGGAGAAAGAAGGACUCUGUGGAGAGGCAGCCCAGCUGUGUGGACGACACCCGCAUUGAUGCAGACGACAUUGUGGACAAGAUUGUCCAGAGUCAGAACUUUUCUGACAGCAGCAACAAUGAAGACAGCAACUUGAGACUGUUUGUCAGCAGAGAUGGGACCACUGCCCUCAGCGGGACACAGCUCUCCAACAGGUACGCCCUUUUAAACAGCUUCACUCAUUUACUGCAUCUUUUUACCCAACUGAUGGUGUGUUUCUGUGUCUUCCCAGAGGAACAUCUGGUGUUUUUGAGCCGGUGGUCAUCGAGACUCACUGAGGGAACAUUGACACAUGGAAUGUCUGAGACUGUAUGUGCAUACUUGUUUUCAGUGCACAUGGCUUGGAAUAAGACUACUAUGAAAUGGAUAUGGAACUUUUGUGCUAUAUUUAGUCAGGUGAUGGGAGAUCUGUAACAUAUGAUUAAUGUAUUUAACGCACCUUUUUUUCUUUUCUUUUACCUCAAAUUAAGAAAAAACAGGCCUUUAUUUCUAUAUGAUAUUAUCUUGUAAGGACAUUUACGUAAUAUUCUGAUCUGCUUCUGGUUGCCUUGUUAUUUCACAGUUCUUGUUGUUAGCUGUUGAUGCAGAUUUAACAUGUCCUCUACGUAUGUGUGUUACAUUAAAACACUGCUAGGGGGAAUACUUCCACCUCAUUUAUAUACACAAAUAAGCAAUUAAUGACAAGUUACUUUAACAGCAGCAAUUUGAGGUGCCUAAAAGGACUGAAUUGACUCCUUCAUAUUGAUAUUGUGUGGUCAUUCAGUUCACUUCACUUCAUUCACUUUAUUAUGCCAGAUGGGAAACUUCAAUUGCAGUCCCAUUACAUUCAUUUGCCGUGCUACAUUAUAGCAAUGCUGGCCAGCUGUGGAAGCUGCCAUGAAGGCCAAGGUGCCUAAUGCAGUUGAAAAUGAACACUAAUACGUUUUCUGUGGGAGGAAUUCAGAUUUUGAUUGUGAAACAAUGUUGUUAUCUUUUACAUACAUAAAACAUUUGUUGGAAUGUUAAUAUUGUACAUGUUCAUGUACAUACAUUUUUAGUUUGAGAGCAUUCAUUUUUAUGUCAAAAGCUUCUUCCCACCUGAGACUAGUGAGAGUAUUUCUGUUGAAAGGAGAAACAGAUACAGUGGUUUCCUUGUUCUUCUGUUCUCUAGGCUGUAAUCUAAGCACCGCAUUUUAUUUGAGGAUUUACUGUAAUGCGAAAAUAACUUCCUCUUCAUUGGGUGUGGGUCAAGCCAGCCUAGUCCAGUCAGACAGAUGUUUUCUACAGAACAUUUUGCAAAUGUUCUGUAGAAAGAUUUGAUGUUGUAACGGCUCAGAAACACACCGAGCUUCAGUCAGGUCAAAGUUAAAGAGCGAUCAAGGUCAGGCAGUGUUUACUCUUUGUAUAUACAGUAUGUACUGUAUAAUAUACAGUACAUAUAUACAAACAGUAAACAUACAUAUAUAUACAGUGUAU